AUGUACUUUGGAAUACUCCCCAGAGACGAAUCGCCUGGCCACGGUGGCAGCCAGACAUUAAUAAUCGCUAUCUCUGUCGGGGUUGGAGUUGCAAUCGUCGUCUCUGCAACACUCGUCGGACUACAAGUCCUCAGUCGUCGACGCAAGGCCAAGCGACGAUUCAGAGAGGCCCGCCUACGCGACCCGAGCCUGACUUGGGACGAACACGACCGCAGGUGCAAGCUCACUCGCUCGCGAUUGGUGGUCGAAGAGGAGAUGCAACGGCACAAGAUUAUCCGAAAGACCCAACAGAGCCGGGCAUCAGACCGGAAGGAACCUGCCCAAGCAGGCAACAGAUGGACGAGACCCAGUCGCUCACGCUCGAAGACGUGGCAGGGGCGGGCAAAAAGCAAUGAUACGGACGUGGAAGUCGGCCCUGAGCUUGAGGAGCGGUGUCUGGACUGGGGGUCCGCCGAGGCGCACGUGUUGCGGACCUUCCAGGUAUUGAAUGGGAAGAAACAUCCGUCCCACAGGCCGCGGCGAAGUGAAGACGACGGCAAUGUGCCUCGACGACCUCCCACCAUCCGACUGAAAACCCCACCUCUAUUUUCGCACCCGAUGUUCAGGACAUCAGACCCGCCGAAGCAUCUGAGUCUUCCUACCGAGCUGAUCCGCAUCCAUACUGACCCGGGGCCCACUUUCAGCUCGAGUAUGGCGGCGCACAAGUCACGAGACGAUGUGGCAUGA